AUGAAGUAUAAAUAUGAGUUUAAAGAAAUUAAGAGAAAAUCCAACGUAAAAUUUAUUGGGGUAAAUGCAUGGGUAAGUGGGAAUACACGGACAUAAUAUUGCUGUUAAUCGAUCACUUUGGAUCAAAGUCUGUUAGGAUUGUAAUUGGAAUUGCCACAUUGUUCUUCCGUACUUAAAUGGCGCCAAGCAUGCGCUCUUGUUUUAAUUCAUAAGCGUGUAGGAAGAAAGGAAACAGUUCUACGGAGGCACGCGAUACUUUGUGUGAUUUGCAAUCAAGAAACACAAGAGGGAACAAAGUGACUGUCUAUCUUGUCAUCUAUUAUCGCUAAUCAUUUGCGCUAGUGUGAGAAAGUUGCAAGUGCUAUGGCGUUAUCAGCUGUUUCAUCUGGGACGUUUCAUUACUAAAAACAAAAGUUUCGACUUUAUAUUUGCCUAGAAUCAUCUUGAAAUAUCAUUUUGUAACAUCUCAUCAAUCAGUUCAAAGGAAUUGAAGGAGAAGGAAGAGAUCGAGUUCAAGUUACUAAGGGCCAAGGUAAAACAUACAUAUGAAAUUUGAUGCUCUUUUGUUAUAUCGGUAUAGUCUAACGAUGUGUGACCAUUUUAUCAAUAAAACGUUAGUGAGGACAACAUUUUUUAAUCAGACCUAUCAAAUUCUUAUUUAUAUAUUAUAUUCCUAGUAAUUUAUUUCCUCCUUGAUAAUGGCCAAAAUUAGAUGGAGAUAUCUAAUGAAAAAGUUCAUAUUCCACUGUGUAUAAUACAGGGUGUACCUGGUUUUCAAUCUAGAAUUACAAACAUAUCGAAGAAAACUCUUCACUUUAUAUCAAUUUAAUAUAAAUCCUUACGGCUAGCCCUAGAAAGAGUUACAAAGACUUCCUAAGCAUCAAACCGAUCUUGUUUCAUAUCAGUCGGUUUGCCAGAAAAAUAUUACAUUAUCUGUACUGACUGCAUACAGGCAACGAUUCGCGGAAAUUAAUUCUUUUAACCUUAUUCCUCUUAAUCCAUCUCCCAUUUUAUGGAGGCUGAUGAGGAACUCGAUACUUUAGUCGCUCGCGGACAUAGAUUAGGGGCGGACCAUUUGACUUUUGAGGGGGGAGGGGAGGUGGAAGAUUCAGUCUGUGCAAGAAUUUUUUUCCGUCCAGGCGAACAAGACAGAUAUUUUUUCCUGUAAAAGUGCAGCGCAAGAUAUUUUUUUCCCAAUAUAUUUGGCGGCAGGAUAUUUUUUUGCCUCUCAUAAUAACGGCUUACAGUAACUUAAGGCUUUCAUAUAGCUAUCAUCAGAGACAUAGCAGGGGUUUUCGGUCAGAGGAGGCCGAGAACUGAAUCCCAAGAGGGGCCAAGAAAUUUUCACUGUGCUUUAUUUUAUAUGGUUAUGUCUUAAUGUUCCCCACACUAAAGCGUGCAAGUUUACUUACAAAGAAUGUAUAACUGCACCAAAACCUAAAACAUGCAGGGAUAGAGUAAAGUACUCGAAAAUGGGGGAGGGUACAGUAUAUGAAUGACCUGUAACCUUGGGGGUUCGGGGGCAUGCUCCCCCGAGAAAAUUUUAAAAUUUGAACCUCGGAAAUGCUAUUUCCUGCGUUUUCAGCCAUGGAUUCGUCCACGACAACUUUGCUGUACUAAGCCUAAGGAACAUACACUGUCCCUUAUUUUAAACAAGGGAAAAUCACAAAAUGAGCUUUGAUUAAUAUGUAAUAAAACAAGAUUUCAAUAAUGCAAUUUUUAACUUCCCUCCGAAACAACAAUGUUCCACCAAAUAUAGCUCUGUAGCUUUUCAAUCGUUCAUACAGAUAGCUUGUCAGGGAUCGGGUUGCAUCCUCUUCAGAAAUUUUUUUAAAAUCUAGACUCUCUAAACUGGCAUUUCGCAUUAAAAUCAUCGUAUAUACAAUACGUUCAACUUGCAUCCAGUAGAUGGGUCUUUGAAGCUUUAAUAGUUUAGAGCUAUGUUAUCAAAAAACGCACACAGACUCAACUAUCCAAAAAGACUUUUUCUACCAUGCAUAUUAGAUAUGUAUAAAUAACUUAUAAACUUGUACAUAAUUAUCUUAAGCCCAACAACUUUGGGGGGCAACAAUUUUGCCAGGGAACACCACUGGCUAUUGUAUGUCAGAGGCUCCAAAGGCGGUAGAAUCCCUGUGAUGUUAUCCACUGUUCACCCUGUGUUCUUUUAAGCAAAUGUGUCUGCUCAAAAAUGCAAAAUCUUGCAAGCCUGUGGACUCAAUACUGAAGUGAAAAGCAUCAGUAGAGCUACAUGUAGAAAAUUUUUUUUGAGCGCUCUCUUUUGCAUGAUAUUUUUUUUUCUCGAUUGUAUGCUGCAUGAUUUUUUUUUUCUUUCUCCUUGGGUUAUAUAUACCAACAAUAUAUACCAACCCCGUAAAGAUUUCGAUAUUGACAACAGAAAUGGGCAUGACGUGACAGCAAAACGAAAGGUCCUUAACACCCUGCGUGCGUGCAUGAAAUUAAAUUAUAUUACGAAGUGAUCAGCCUAAGGCAUCGGAGCAAAGGACUACUUAUAUAUAUAUUAAUAUAUAUAUAAGUAUAUAUAUAUAUAUAUGUAUAUAUGACAAACACUAUUCUAGUAUAGAAGGCUCGUAAAGCAAAUAUGUGCCGUACUCUUCACAAUGUUACUCUUCGCAAUUUGACUCAGAGAUGAAUUAAAGAAUUUGAUUUCUGAUUUCAUACGUGUUUGAGUUAAGAUAGAUAUACUGGUUUAAUGUACACAUUAGAAAUAUACUUUUACAAAUUUUAGCUAUGCAUUCUAUUUUCUAUUUCCGAUUAUUCAAGAUAAGCCAUAGCCUACUUCACAUAUAUAUUCGCUUUCUAUAAUUACGCUAAUGUCCAAGAAUCCAAUAUACCUAAAAACGGUCGGUAUAGCUACCAAAGAUAAGAAGACCAAUCAAACCAAAACUGAAAUUGUAUCAGUGAAGUUGAUACAGAAUGCCCAUUUGCAUCGAUCGUUCAUGCAAAUGCGGGGGUAACAUUGUAAUAUUAAUAGUUUUUUUAAUUACCGGCGUAAUAUUGGGCCGGGAGAAUAAGUUCAUUUUUAUUCACAUGUUCUGCGCGUCAGCCGCCACGGAUAUAAAUGUCGUAAAAAUAGUUUACGAUGCCGACAAUGCUUAUUCGGUUUAAUUAUUUCAAAGCCGCCAAUACGAAUUACAUGUCCUAAAGUAUAGAUUUUAAAUGCAUCGAACUUUACAUGUUUUAAUUUUUGCAUCACAAAUGUUUACAAAAACUGUAAGAAUAACUGCAUGAAAUUAAGGUAAAUUUAUCAGCUUUUUACUCAAAUUUUUCUUUUCUAUAUGCUUUACUUAUAAAAUGAAUGAACGUCACUAUUACUUUGGCAAUCUUCUUUGAGACUCUUUGCCGCUUUUUAAACUGACAUCAUUAAUAUAAUAGUUUUUUAGUUAAUAUAUAUAGCUCUUUGCAUCAUAUUUUAUAAUUACAAUAUAAUUGCAAAUUUAAAAAUUUAAAAUUGUUCACAAGCAGAACAAUUUCAGCUGUCCUUGUACCACGCAAAUUCAAUAUUCUCAAAAUCGGAAACGGCGUGUCGAUGUUUCUAAUAUUUAAUGCACAUGCAUGUAUUUUUAAUAUGGGUGAAUAUAAAUAAAACUGAUUAAUACAAGAUACCUGAUACCUGAAACACUGUUUUCUUUACAUAUCAGGCAAUCGAAUAAAGUAUAUACGACAGUACUUUGCUGUGCCAGGUCGUCAGAAUUUUAUACCUACUGAGUACUGUUUCGAUCUUCCUGACGAAUUUCACUCGAAACAUCAAGGUGUUAUUAACAUUUUUUCGGGCAAGGGUGCAUCGAUUUAGCCAAAUUGACUUUCACUCACUCACUCACUCACUCACUCACUCACUCACUCACUCACUCACUCACUCACUCACUCACUCACUCACUAACUCGAUUUUAACAGCUUACUACUGAACAAGUCUGUAUUUGUAUACUUCAUAGAAGGACCUCAGAAGGUUCAUGCCAUGAUUGUGAAACAUUUUUCAUUCAUUAGCCCAAACGUAUGCGCACAGUUCCGCACUUCAACAGUGCUCCUAUUCAUGCAGUUCAGUUUCGGCCUGUCACUGAUUGACCUGUAUGACUGGAACUAUAUACAUUUCACACAAUUUCCGCGCAACUUCUCGUCGGCCCUGGGUACGAAAUUUACAUCUUCGCUUUCAACACUGAUUCAUCGAAAUUAUUUUACAUUUAUUAUUAUUAUUAUUAUUAUUAUUAUUAUUAUUAUUAUUAUUAUUAUUAUUAUUAUUAUUAUUAUUAUUAUUAUUAUUAUUAUUAUUAUUAUUAUUAUUAUUAUUAUUAUUAUUAUUAUUAUUGGUAAAACAAAAAUUGAAUCUUCACGGCGGACUAUAUUUUUCAUAACUGACAUUCAUUUUCCCAGCAUUUUUGACAUUUUUUCCCAGCAUUGGUCAGACGAUUUACUGAUAUGUGGUGAACUGAUUAUCGUCUCAGCCUUUUAAUUGGCUGGAAUUUUCGUGCUAAUAUAAUUGUAAACAUGGCGCCCGGUUAUGGUGAAAUCACCGAAAUGAACAUGUCGAACAUCGAAAAUGUCGAACAUCGUGAGCAGUGUUGGUACAACUUCCUCACUAGUAGAUUAAGAAAUCUCUGAUCCAUCUAUUGUAAGACGACUUGGUAAUCUGACGAUGGAUGUAUAUGAGUGAACUCAUGCAUACAAAUGUAUAGAGUCGCUUUUCACAAGUAAACAAUUCUCAGUCUUUUGCGUGUCAUUCUUUCGAUCACAUUUUCCAGGAGCCGGUUGUAUAAAACUCUUAAUCACUAUUUUGUAGUUAAAUAGUGAUUAGCGAGCUUAAGAUGCACCAAAUCUACGACGCGAACGCCAAGAAAAUCUGUAACUAUUCCUACAGUUUCACUACACGGAUAAAAAUUAUGGCCUCCAGUUGGUAAACAAAGUCAGAGACACAAGUGAAGCGAAAUAAAACUGGAUUCCAAACAUUAACAACAAUUUUCAUGUCACGUCCGCGUCGUAGAUUUGAUGCAUCUUAAGCUCGCUAUUAACUCACAAAUACGCGCUUCUUAUUGGAUGACGUUUCCACUAACCAUAGUUAACUUUAAUCACUUUUUUAUAUAACUGGCCCCAGGAGGAGAAAAAUCGCCGACAGAAUUGCUAGUGUGAACCAGGCUUAAGAUAAUUUUCUUGAUGACGGUUGAUAUAUAAUUAAAAGUUGAUACAAUAGAGUCGACACAAGAGUCUUUUCUCCUUAAGCUAAUGUAAUCUUAAAACUAAAACGUCCGAAAGUCUUUUCGGGAAAAUAUUCGCUUAAUUGGGACUGAUAGUGCAUGUCCACUGUAACUCCUUGGUACAGAUAAUAUUGUUAUAUAGCUAUAGUACUUAAACUAAACGUGAUUGACUGAUUUGUGGUCACGUGGAUUUAGAUAAACGCAAUGUAUCCCGCCAGGCAACAAGUUAAAAAUUGUUGCCCGCUUCGACCAGCUACAUACAUAAAUGUUCAAAAUGGAGUCAAAAGUGUAAAAAGGACUUUUCCAGUUUACGAAAAGAAUACAAAUCCAAGAGAGAAGAGAAAACUCAACAGGCAGCAGGAAAUGCUGCUGAACCGCCUUUUAGUUAGUUCAGAUUGAUUGUUAGUUCAGAUGUUAGAUUCAAUUACAUUACAAUUGGCACUUAUAUCCAUGAUACAAAUUAGGAAGGAAUACCAAUUUCUAACUCCAGACCGUCUCAGUUGAGAUCAAACAAAAUAUAAACACACCAAAUUUAGUACUUUGUUAUCCGUUAUGACGAAUCACUUUUUUCUAACGAAGAAAGUACUAAUAACCUUUAUUAUAUUCAUUUUGAAAUCAAUUAUGUUUCCCGCAUGCAAUCUGAUUGGCUCUUAUAUAGCAGUAUGAUUUCAGCACGAAUCGCACUCAGAGGAGUGCGAUUCAUGCUGAAAUCGCAUUCUUCUUUCAACCAAUCAUAUUAGAUGACUGACCUCAGGCGGUUAAAAUCGUAUCUCCCACUAUCAGUCCUUAUCAUCACUUAUAAGUCGUUGAUCCAACUACAUUUUGAUUAAUGCAGUAGCGUCUGGGGUAAUUUAGGGAAGGUCUUGGGAUGCAAGCUUCAAGAACAGAGCUGCACGGAUUGUUACGGGGUUCGACUACAACUGAUGUUCGUUCAGUCCAGAUUUUGGACUCACUAAACUGGGAUAACCUAGAGAAAGGACAUUCUCAGCAAUUUGGGGUCUUAAUGUGUAAAACAAUCAACAAAAUGGUAAGCAAGCAAAUUCACACCAAGCAAAUUCACACCAACUAAUGUGAUACACAGCCACAAUCUUCAUCACACUGCAUGAUUCUAAGCUUUUUGUCCCAAGACCUUUGACUGAGUCUCUUAAGAAAAGUUUCACUAAUAGAAGAACCGUCGUGUGGAAUAGCCUACCUGUCGAAGCUGUAAAUGCUACAUCUGUAUAGUUAAUUUCAAAAAUAUUACUAGACAAACCUAAUUUUCUUCUACUAUCCUUUAGUACUGCUAGUACUGUGAGUUUAGUACUGUGAGUACCUUUAGUACUUGUAAUUGUAAUUUGUAAUUGUAAUUCGUAAUUGUAAUAGUAUUAUGUAGAUAUUUUUAAUGUACACGGCUCCAUGGAAGAGCACAUUUUGUGAAAUGGACUCCGUGUGUAAAUAAAGUUUUAAUAAUAAUAAUAAUAAUAAUAAUAAUAAUAAUAACCAUAUUUAAUCAUAGGAUUAAACAGCCAAUCAAUUUUUAAAAAAUAUGAUAUAACAAAUGAGCUGAAAACAAAGAUUUUACAUAUGUUAUGAUUACUCUUGACUGCUUAAUUAACAAUUUUUGCACAUAAAAAAACAAAGAAUAUGGAUAGCUAAGCUAUCAAAAAAUUUCAAAAAUAUUUUCACAAAUAGUAACAGGCAAAUUGAGAGCAAAAUCUUCUAUCAAACAUGGUCAAAAUGCCAACAAAAGCAAAUUUAAAGUGUCAGCCAAACUGCACCAAAACUCUAUCAAAUCACUCGUAAACCUGUAAUAUGUUGAAACUCACCUGUGUUGUCUCUUAUUCUUUAUGAAUGUCUUCAUUUCUUUAACAUUUUUGCAACGUAUAAAAUACAAUUGGACAAAACUAAAAGUUCAUCAUGUUCGCUUAUUGUUGCUAUGCUACAGCACUCAGGGAGGUAUGGAGGUGUCUCUUUUGCAAACAAAACGUUUCCAGUAGACAAAAAUGUUGAGAUUUCAAAACGAAUAUAAUAAAGUACAAAUUGAACUUGUGAUUGCAAAUCGCAAGUGUUUAAAUCGCGCAAUUUAAUAAUUCAUGAGCACAUUAGCCAACCAUAUUGCUUUAUUUUACUCACAUGAUAAUUAACGAUUAUUCACCGAAUUGGAGGUGAAUAGUUCAGCAGGGAUAUUCACCGAAACUUGAAGCGCUGAGGUGGAUAUCAUUGCUCUAUUCACCGAACUGAGGUGAAUAAUUUUUUUUUGCAUCUACCAUAACAAAACAAAAAAUACCAAAAAACAACGAAAAUGUUUAAAACAAUCCGUACUUGAGCUCCCGUAAUGCAAAAGUUGUAAACAAAAUAUAUAGUAUUUACACGCUUUCAGUAAUUUUAUUCAUUAGAAAUAGCUUUAAAAAAUACCUUUGCACACUUCUAAGCAAACCUUUGUGACCGGCUUUCUUUGUGUUUGGCGAAACCGAAGCUUUGUUUAGUACAAAAUUUUGCUCAUCUGUAUAAAUCGGAACGAAACGGGACGCCGCCAUUUUGUUUUUGUCCGGAGGUAAAUAAUGCAAGCUUCCGGAGCUGAGAAACCAAUCAAAUUGCGCGAAAAGCACUAUCAACCUCCAGCGUAUAUGCUAAUGCUGGAUACCUGGUGAAGUAUGCCGAUCCAGUCCUAGGACUGGAUCAAAAUUAAUUCAGUCCUUGGACUCGAUCAAAAUUAAUUCACCUCGCUUUAUAAGUAGUGAUUUAUAGGUAUGAGAUGUCAUCUCAAAAUCUCAAAUCAUCCAAUUCGGACAGGACUAGAUUUCAAGUCUUCGCAUGUUUGAUCUAGUCCUCCGCUUCGCCUCGGACUUGAAAUCUAGUCCAGUCCUCAUAGUCGGAUUUGAAAUACUACUUGUCGUAUAUAAGACUGAUCGAUGAAAUUUCUUAUUUGCAUGUGGAAACGUUCACGAACGAGAAAGUGUUAAGAGAUCCUAUUAAUAUUAGUUGUGAAUGAUAAAAAUUUUAAAACUUCUUCCCACAUUGCAUCAUGUAUUGUAACAUAUGAUAAGUUGCUAUGUCUAUGUAUAGCUUUCGAAAAAAGUACAUUAAAAUUUCAUGAAGUUUAAUAUGUAUCCGUCCGAAACUCGAAAGCCUGCAAAAAUAAAUUUACAUCUUUAUUUUUGUAGUCAAAUUAAAGGGAGAUUAAUUUUUUAUGUUCACACUAAGCAUGCAUGACAAAUUCCUCAGCCAAUUAAACCGAUCGGAUAACAAAGUAUAUAUAGAUGUUUCCGUGGUCUAUAAGUGGAAGGUUUGAGAGCUGUCAUUUCGUUUCAGAAAUUUAUCAAGCGCUUGGGAUAGAGACAAUAUAUAGAAAGGGAAUAUAGACUAGUUAGGCUAAGCAAUUCAAAAUAGUGACUCAAAAUCGAUAUAUCGCUUUUGUAAACGAAAAUACGAUUCAGUCAUGUAUACAUAAUGAUACAAGGAGGUACUAUACACAAUAUUGUUUUGAAAAAUAAUGAAAACGAAACACAUCUGCACGAUCUUAUUUUUAUUUGUUAUUGAUUUACUUUUGGGAAUACAGAAAAAUUUAGAAAGUCUCAUUAUUUAUUUUAUUAACAUAAUUUAACUAAUGUUUCCAAUAUACUUCGGGCAUAAUAGAGCAAGUGAAGAUUGUGUGCCCACAAAACAAAAUGUGCCCUAAAGAAUGUCAGCUUUCGGCCCUUUGCAUGCUUGUCAUGGUUGUCAAACUUAACAAGGUUUUUUUAACUUAAAAGAAGAGUAAAAAUGAACUUCAAAAGUACGACUUCCAGAUAAGAGAAAUAUUUCUGCCCAUGUGAAGUUUUCCUUUAUCACAAACGAUGAAAGAAGAAUACUUCUGCUGUUCUACAAAUUAGUAAUUCAAAUUGACUUUGUAUCCAUUGUAGUUGAUAUUUUGCCAAAUCAAAAAUUAAUUAGUUACGACCCAUUAGCUAUAUAUGUCGAAAAUCAAUUUAAUUUCAAUUACAAGUCAAAAAUGAGUUAAAAGCGCUGAGCAUCUUCUAAUAGAUCUCCGUUGACAAAAGAAAUUACUAAUUUAAAUUUGCCUCUAUGUGCGUAUUUUGAAUUCCCCACACACGAGUAUACAUUUAUAUAUAUAUAGCCAUACAUGUAUGCAUGGUGUUCACUGGGCGUUUGAGGGAAUUUUUGUCUUUACACUGAACGACGACAUUUGUAAGGAGCGGAACUUCUCGUUAGACCGUUCAGAAAUCACAGAAACCUUUUACAAGUAAGCUGAUCAUUGAAAUCUUAGUACAAUAUAGUUUUUACAAUAUUACAAUAUUACAAUAUUACACGAUAAUCCUAUUUUCCAGAUCAACUCAAUUUGAAGCAAAGUAAACAAAACUCAGUUUUGAGGCUAUUGUUUCCAUGAACAGUUGUGGACAAGAUAUAUUAAUUUGAAAUUUAGACAUCUUUAUAUAUCGUAUACCUGCCGUUAGUUUAUCACUGCUUUCAAUGCAGUAUAUAGAGCAGCUUUCUAAAAAAGGAUUGGAAUAUCUACAAUAUUUGGCCUUGUUUUGUUUCAAGCGCAGUUCUCAUUUUAUAUUAUUGAAGAUAUAUAGUUUAGUUUCAUAGUUUAUAACUAAGCCAUAUACAUAUACAAGAAUAAAAUGUUCAUAGCAUAGAGUAUAAUAUGAUGAAUAUUUCGAUAAUCCUGUUUAGAUAAAUCAAUUUCCAUCCUGACAACUAAUUGCAUUCCUAACUCUAUAUGUUCCGACAAUCCAGUAUAGUGUCAGUAAUCCAUCAGAGGUGAUGAUUGCAUGUAAGACUGUAGGGAUUUUUUUUUCGAACGCAAAUCUAUAUGUACAAUUGUAGACCUAAUUAGGAGCAAGUUGCGAAAAAUGCAAGUCCAUAUACCCUUUGGCAGGAAUAGCGAAACUCGGAGCCUAGCGAUGCCGGUGGAGUGCUCUAUCCAACUUAGCUACAAAGUCCUGUUGCUGAUCUGAUUAUAAUCACAAAUUUAUGUAACCUGCCUUGCAGCCUAUAGCUAUAUGGGUAAAUAUCGAGUUUUUGUGGGCAUUUCACUCGAUGGAGGUUUUUGCAGAUGGAAUUUUCGAUCGCAAAUUUCAUUUUUAGACCAAACGAAGAGCAGUUGCAUGUGAAAUUUCAUGUAUAUUGAAAAAAUCCAUCUAUUGUAGCAAAUUAUAAAAUUCAAUGUAUAUUGAUUGAUAUUACCAACCAACGAUAAAGUAGAAGAAUCAGUCAUCUAGCAAAAACUGAAUUUUUGAAAAUGCUACGAAAGCCGCCGGUAUAUAUAGAACUAUAUAUAGCUGGCAUCGAUUCAUGUUGGAUUAUACAAUUGAUAUAACAGGAUGUAACAUCUCAGAAGAAUCGAUUUCUUUUCAUGAUAUAUAUAGUCUACCAUACAAUAAUCAUAAAAAGAAAAUUUUAGUUCAUGAAUGGAAAUAUUGUUUUCAAAAAUACCUGCAUGGGUAUACAAGGAAGUUGAACGUAUUAGUUAAACUUCCUGGUUUUGGGCAAAACUGCGUCACUGUCCGUUAUCAGCAAGACAGUCGAUCGAUGUAUAAUUGAUUAUUUCUUAUCGGAUUUAUCUUCAGCAGGCAGCAGCUGAGCCUGAAUAGAUAUUAUAAUGAAUACGCUAAUUAUACUGUUGGCAAUAACCUGGCAUGCAUGUAUUCUCCUCAAUAACGGUCUUUAACAGGCAAAAGACCAAACAAAAUUUGUUAGGCUACUUAUUAGGAAAAUGUUAGACUUACCAAUGCAUGACUGUAUCUGCCGAUCUCCGCGAUCAUGCAUCUAUUGUGAAUGGCGCCAGAAUGUCUUAUACUGCAAUACAAACUAUAGCUAAUAAUUUGAAUAAAGAGUCUGAUAGAUAGCUAUAUUUAAUGCAUAAAUGAGAUGCCAAAUGAUAUUGUGACAUAGAUUAAUGAUUAUAGUAAUGUAACUGUAUCGUUCUACUUUCAAUAUCUUUUCUUUCUGAUCCUUAAUAUUAAUAAUUAUAACAUAGUCAUAUAUAGUCAUAAUUUAUAGUCAUUAUUAUAUGGUAUAAUAAGCUGGUGAUGUCAUGUAAGCUCGUCUUGCUAAUGGUUGUAAAAUAUAUAUAUUUACCUAUAAAAAUGUAAACAUUUAAAGCCAUGUUGCACGGUGCAAUUUUUCUUGCAACUUGAGAGAUGUUAAUUAGUGAAAUCAGUGAAGAAUUUCGAUAUGUUGAGAAAACAUCAGCGGAGUGUAAUGAAGACUCGUAUUUGGCAAUUUUACAUCUCUCAAGAGUAGAAUUGCAUUGCAAGUUGCAAGAAAAUUGCACCGUGUAACAUGCAUGGCCUUUACACGCCAAGGUUUUGGUGAUGACAUGCUAUAACAAAAUAUAGCACCGUCGGCCUCAUUAAAACAAGAAAACUACCGGAAAUUGCUGGGAAAAUAACAAUAUAUAAAUGCAUGAGUUAUAUUUUGUGACUUUAUCUAUAUCACAAAUGAAAUGAAUGAUGAAAACGUGAAAAAGGAAAACAAACAAGUAUAGGAAAACAUGAAAAACAUAAAAACAUAGAAAUGAGAAAAAAAAAUCAAAACAUGUCAGCUAACUAUCAUUAAUAUUCCCUGCCGAUAGGCGGAUUCAUUUUGCCUCAGUAAGAAUCAUGCGUAUUUUCUACUGAAGCGUUCUCCAGGACGGAACACAGCCUAUUUCGUGUCACGGAUUCAUCUUUUCCCACCAGAACAGUAAAUUAACAUAUAAGACUAUCACUUGGCAAUGCUACAUCUUAAAGUUAUUUAGCCGUCUAUAAUUAAAGCUAAUUCGGGGGCAUGCAUGCGGGCCCGUUCUUAUGAGCCGGGCCGGCCCGGUAAACCGUGCUGUCUCGCAAGUGCAUGGCAAGAUAUCGCCUCGUAUAUUGUUUUCGUAUGUUUUCGAGAUUUGAUUCACAUGGAAACCGGGCGGGCCCAGUUUGCUGGCUUCCCGCAAAAGCGAGGCCAAGUUUGUCUUACCGAAUUCGUCUGAAAUAAAUGCACUUAGCGCGCCAGUCCGGUAAGUUUUUGAAUCUAGCGUUUUUAUUGAAAAUUUAUCAGACAAAAGCGAAGGCGAAAGGUUUGGAGGGUGUUCCAAUUAUCAGAGCAACAGUCACCGCCCAUUUCCUCGUUAUGAUAGGUAGAGCCAGUUAUAUCUUCUGAAGAGAAACCGAUUAUUUUCAUGCACAAUAUAGUAAGACCGACCGAUGUUUACAUGCACUUUAUAUAUACCUGAGGGAUUGUAUAUUACAGCACUACUAUAUACCGCAGCCGGAUUGCUUGGCAUUUAGGUACGCACUGCAUGCACAAAGCGCAGUAAAAUGCAGGGUUUAUACCAAACGUUUACGUGUCUAUAUAUACUGCUGUCGAUAAUUAUAUGCUGGCGCAAAAAUGGUUUCAAUCAAAUAUUAAGCGUAAAUAUUUCGUAAAGUUUUAAUUUUGGUAUAACAUUUAGUUUUCGUCAUGUAAAAGAUUAUUUUUUUCUUGGAAGAUACAGCCAUGUAAAAUCAACAGAUUAUUUUCGACCUUUUCAACGUGCCUCGAAACCGUAUCUUCACUUGAAAACAACUUGAAAAGGCUAUAAUUGUAGGCAGGACGCGUGGUGAGACAAUAUAGCAUUCGACGUGAUGCUGUUCAAACUUUGGGUGGCGUCCAUUACCUUUACUUAACUUUUGUGUCUCACAGCGAGGGGUUGGUGGGCGAAAGUGGGAAGGAGGGGCAACUGCAAGCGUCAUUGAGCUUAUGAUAGUCCAAGCAUUAAAAACCGAAAGAACUCAGUUCAAUGCGCUUUUAACUCAGCUGUAAACACCAGCUGUUACAAACCCACACUUUGGCCUUAGUGGAUUUCAGUAUUCAAAUGUUAUUAAGGGACCGGUGGUUGUCACAAUUCUAUUUGCCUUCAAAUACAAGAUUAUAUCCAUGCAUGUUAUAUUUGUAAUGAAAAGAAUUCACAUUAUCGUAUUUUCGCUCUCAUAUAUGACCUACAAUUGCUAUAAACCUAACCGAUUAUGACGCUAGGGCGGUACAUUUUGAAUCGACAUAUAUACAAGGCAAAUAUAACUGAAAGGAGCAGCUAAUUACUUGAUAUUGCUAUUAUUGGCUAUAUAAAUAUGUUAUUAGCCUAACUAAAAUUAGGCACAUUUGUAACGACCCGGUUUCACUGAUAGCAUUUUCAAUUAGAUCGACCUAUGCUUUUUCUGUCAUUCAAAACUCUGUGCGCCAUUAUCUCUAAUAUUAUGUUGAUUUAACAAAAACUAUUGCCUGCAAAGUUUUUCAUUCGAUUGUCUUAUCGGAAACAGCCAUUGCUCUUAUUAUACUUGAAAUUAUUUAUCAACUUGUUUUUCGAUCUUACUGCACAAAUUAGUUUGAGCUAAUUAUAGUCUAUAGAUAGUCACAUAUAUACACUUAAUAAUUGGGCAAAAAUAAUAUGUUCAAUAUACAUGUAAAGCAUGAUCAUGCAAUAUUAAUACGUUCUAUAGUGCGUCGGUUGUGUAAACAAAUUCAGAGCAUUUAGAAUUAUUUACUUUGAAAUCAAAGAAACGCAUGCAGGGGUUUGGUAUAAAACAAAAGGCACAAAAGGGGGUUAUAUUUAACACAAUCCACUGUUAUAUUGCAUGUAGUCACCGUAAUCUAGAGAUAAAUCUAGUUUAAAAUCUAUAUUUAUAAUGUAUAAUGUUACUUAAAACUAUAUAUAGUGCAUGUGAUAAAUUUUGAGUUAUCUUUGCUAGUUUUUUUGAAAAUUACACAAAGAUAUAAUACGGCAAUGUUCAAUCAUUCAUUGGAUGGAUUGUCUGUUUUGAUCGAUCGUUUUGACAUGUUUGGACUCCCACACAUAACGUACGGUGUAAAUACAAAUGGUAGUUUUGAAAUUUCCAUAUUAACGGUUCGCCAAUUGAAGUCCUACGCAGGGAAAGAACUCUACCAACAAAUACCUGGAUUUAUUUAGGAAAUUUAUGUAAGGCAAUUAUACAAACUUUGGAUUAACAAAAACAAAUAACAGGUUAGUGUUAAUUACUUUAAUCCCUCUUACUAAUCCCUCUUUUAAUGAAAAAAUCAACAAUCAACGAACAUUUGAUCGAAUAAUUCACGCUGUGAUUGUUAAUUCUGGAUUUGAGUACAAAAUAUAGUAUAAAAUUUUGUGGAAAGCUUUCCUAUAUUUUAUUUCAACUUAAAUUUCGGGCAUUAGAAAUUUCAAAGCAGUGCAUGCAGUCGAUGUUGCAUCCACUAAUCGUUUCACGACUGGCAAUGCACUUCAUGAUAACUUAAUUGCGCUCAAUAUAUCAUUUUAAUUAACGGAUCUUAGACAAUUGGCUAGAAUCUUGUUGCACAUAUCAGAAUUGCCCAUUGAAAUGAAGUGCUAAUACUUAUAUGUCUUAAACAAAUUGCUGAACGUUUAUAUAGUCACUUAGAUUGUGAACGUUAUUCUAUUAGGUGUUUAGAUAUUACGAGAGAUUUGCUGAAUCAUAAUAUCGACAGUCGUUAUACUUGGAUUAUCUGCUUAAAGGGAAAUUAUAGCAAUAAAAGUUAAGUUUCUCCCAUUUGGAAGAAUGAUUCAGUAUAGUUCAAAACCUUUUUACAUAUUUUCUGUAUCGUUGUUGGUAUAAAAGAUAUCACCCUUUAUUUCAAACAAAAUCAUUGUGCAUUCUGCCAUCUCGGAUAUGCAUAUCCAUCGUCGGAUAUGCGUGACGUCACAAUCAGGGUAACAUUAGUUAUAUCGUUAGUAAUUCUCAAGCCAUUUGAAUAAUAAAUCCUAUUGCUUAGUCUGAAAUUAAAGCACAAAGCUAUGUAUAAACUUUCCACUGAUAAUUUUUUAUUUUUAAAAUUUCUGCCCUGGUUUUGACCUCAUUUAAUUAGAUCUAAUUAUCUGAAUUAUAAAACAGGACGGCGGAUGGCAGGGUAUUUCGGCUUCAAAUAUUUCAAAAACUAAGAUAGAUUUGGAGAGAUUUUGAAUGGAUUUGUAAAUAAUCUUAACAUUCUUUCAAAUUAGGCAAACAUGCGUUUUGUUGCAAACUUCCUUUAAACUUGCAUGUGUAUUUGUCAGAUAUGUUUCAAUCAACAAAAUUUGAGGGUUGAAUUUGUCUGUUUAUUUGAAAAGUAUAAGGCUUCUAACCAGCUAUGUAGUGCAGCAAAGCUGGGGAUAUGCUUACCCAAGCACGCAAUAAAUGACAUCCUUAACGCCCAUGCAAAUUGAUUACUCAUUCAGGACAUCAACUAACAUCCGGUGAAAUUAAUUGUCCUGGAAACAACAUACAUUAAAUAUGUAAGGACUGGGAACUAAUGAGUAAUGACUGGAACAUGCGCACUACGACGGUAUUGUGUUGGGCUUGUUGUAUUGCGUGAGUUUACAAAUAUUUGGGUUAAUAUUGUUGUCGAAUACUUAAAAUUAAAUUAUUCAUAUAUUCAACCGUUAAAAAUUUCGCAUUCAUAUAAAACAAGGUUUUGUUCCAAGAUAUCGUGCAUGCGAAUGGUACACUGGAGUAAUGUACGUUUAUCAAUUAGGUCUUGCGCGAUUGAAACACUUCAGAUAAACAUUAAAACGACAUUCCUUCCAAACUGUUAUUACUUAGAACUGGUAUUAUCCAGAAAUUUCCGUGGUUCGUUUAAAUUAUUUGCAGAUUUAUGUAUUUAAGUGCCUAUUUAUGCCGACAUGUGAUCAUGCAUAUACAUUCAUAUAUUAAUUAACCAUGAAGUUCAUGCAGGAUUGCAAGAAGUAAAGAUAUAUUCCCCUUUUUGAUUUUAAAUAUGGAAUUUGAUAAAUUUAUUACAAUUUUCAUUAAAACUCAAGAAGCGUUAGUACGCACAUCAGCUUUUUAUCGUAGAAUAAAUUAUUUUAACAAAACACAGUAGACUUAUUAAAUUAGAGCACCAUGCAAUAGCCUCGUUAUUCUGUUGUAGUAUACCAAGCAGGCAUGAAUAUAACAUCCUCCUGCACGAAUAUGUUUCUUUCGGAUCUUGAUCCCAAUGACAAGCUUAUCCUUAAACCAAUUGGGCACAAAACAUGAAGAAAUAACGACAUGAAAACGAGGCCAAUGGGGAAGAACAAUGAACAGUACAGUCUAUACUUCAACUGUAACCUGACCGUUUCAAGAACGUUUUCAGCAUGACUGUCAGUUUAUUUUGCUUCGCCGAUUAAUAAGAUGUACCAUCAUAUAUUCAUGAUGGUAAAAAGGGUAAACAUUUGUUCAGCGAUUUAGACUUGGAAUGGAAUCGAAUGCCGGCGAAGAAAAAUGUGGAUAUUAUAUAGGAAUAUGCAUGACAAACACAGAAAUAAUAGUGCACGCCUUUAUCUUGAUUUAAAGUAUAUUAAGGUAUGUUUGCACGCUUAUCGUGUACGAUUCGUAUUCUGGGUAUGAAAAUUACUGCUGACGCUACAAUUCCUCUUCGUCUAAUUUACAGCAAUAUUUGAUGCAACUAAUUUACGUGUGCUUAUUCGAUUACAUACACCAGAAUGCGAAUCGUGCACGACAAAUCGCAGCGUAUAAACGUACCCUUAAGGCCCAUUUGCACUUGCAAUACGAGCGAAUUAGUUAAGCCAGUUUUCCACUUCAAUCGUACCGAAACGUAGCGUAUUUCUUUUUACCUGACCACUAGAGUAGAACUAAUGACUUCGACACAAAAGAAACUGCCACGGUACGUUACGAUUGAAGUGGAAAACUGGCUUUAGGAAUGUUUAGAUGAGAGUAUAUAUAGUCAGAGCAUUUAUAACUUAUUUAUUCGUUCACAUGCAUCAGAAAAAAAUUGCACUAGAAAUCGCAACAAAAGUAUAAACGAGCCUUUAGAACCCAAAAUAUGUCAGCAGUGAUGGUAUACAGUAGGCUUUGGGUGCUGCAAAUGCCGCUACAUGAAUAUCGAGAAAAUAAGAACUCUACGCGCAUAACGCUUUGUCGAUGGAAAAAAAAACUCAAAUGUGCAUGUAUGAACAUUUGAUUACGUCUAUGGCUUCUAAUUAAAAAUCCAAAGCCUGUUUGAAGAUGUUUUAACAGCCUCCUACUGACUAUAAGUACAACGUUCCCAGCAUGAUAUUGUAUUUUGACUAAAAAUGUAGCGUAUGAUGUAGGUGCGGGUGUGGGAGAGAAACUUUCGAAUUUUUCACUAUUUUUCGAGCCAUUCCAAACUCCAACGCAUCAUCCUACGUGUAUUGAUAUAUAUAGUUUUGCUAUUCAACUGCUGGAUAUUCACGCACACCUGUAUGGAUUAUUUUACGCCUUCACGUCUUCUAUUUUACUCACUGUGUUGCCCAAUUCUGUACUGCAUGGAUGAUCAUGAUUUUAUACUUACGUUGAAGCACAAACAAAUAGAAAAUUAGCAUGAAUUUGUUCCAUUCUCUUGUGAAGGAACCAAACUGAUCGAUAGUAUAACGCGUAUAUAAACUACAGGACGUUAUAUGACCUAAUUGAUGAUUAUAUUUUAGAUUGAGUACUCUUAAAAAUGAAAUGGAUGUUUUUAAAAAGAUAGCAGCUUACAAGAGCAACGAAAGACAUUUAGAUUCAUUAUAAACUCCUUAUCAGUACAAAAUCUUGAGACUCGAAUCUCAAUCUUGCAGCUCGAGCUCUUUUCUGUUGUAAAGCCAGAUACCAAAACGUGGGGUGAAUAAGAUGCGUAAUUGGUUGGGUUACUGUGUCCAAAAACAAAAUUUGUCACUAUUGUUAUACCAAUCUUAGUUCAUGAUUCAGUACGGUGGUGGAUAAAUCGUGUGUUUACCCUGAACUGGUAGUUCGGGCAACUACGCCAAUGGGACAAUGUUGAAUUUAUUAUGAUAAUGUCCCACAUGCGUAAGAGUUGUCUUCGGAACAAAACCUCCACAGUCAUGAACAAAAUCCGUAAUAUUUACCUUCUUAUGUUCAAUCACAAGAACUAUUGACUUAUUUAUUCACCAAAUCAAUUAGUUCCCGUGUGUGCUCGGUCAAUUAGUCAUUGUUACGGAACAGUUUAAUGUUCGAAGUGUAUUCGUUCAUUUCAAUCAGCUGAUUUAUGUAAUAUGAGACAUGCUAUCGCACGCUACACUGAUUCAAGUGUAUGAAUGCAAAAAGCGCAGUCGAAUGCCAUUAAGGACCCAACGCUUUAUACGUUUAGUGCCGUCAUCAUGGUUGAUGUAAGGUUACAACGCAGCAUGCACUUUAUAUACUCGAGGGAUAACGUCAUAGGCCAACGAGGUAGAGAUACUCUAUUACAUGGACAUUCUUGAUCCCAAAGCUUUUCCAUGAUCAUGUUGCUGCAGCGGAACACCAUUUUUAGAUGCCUUGAUGUAUCAAAUUCUGAAACACUGAAACGAAAUCCAGAAGCGUAUGGAGGUGAUCCCUCCCCCCGGAAGUUUGUCCGAAUUUUUAUGAAUUUAACACAUUUUGUGAUAAAAUUUGCCCGAAUUAUUUUUUCAUUUUCCCCAGCAUUUCCAGAAUUUUCUUGAUUUUCUAUUAUUCUUUUGCAGGGAGGGGGAAAAUUGCCCCUUUGCCCUCCUGGUUGUACCUCUAUAUGUUCGUCCAUAAUUUCGCCCACAGUGGAUAAUUUUGGGAUAGAUAGCUUAUGGUUUAAUAUAGUAAAACUCUUUUGUCCCAGCAAAUAAACGAAGGUAUCCUUAUUUUCAAUUAUUAAUUCAAUGAAUUCUUUUUCCAGAUUGAAAUAGCGACAUGA